AUGGCAGACCCCCCUGGCUGCUGCCAUCCCUGUGCCACCUGCCUGCUCUGCCUCUACAGCUGCCAGUGGAUCACUGCCAAGAAGGAGAAGAGGAAGGGCCUGAGAACCACCAAGUGCGACUGCAGCUGGUUCCUUUUCCUCUUCUGUGUCUUCCUUUUCACACUGGUGUGGCUCUACUUCGCCAUCAUCAUCCUCAAUGAUUUCCACAACUUCAAUGAGUUCAUCUUCAAGCAGAGGAAGUUGUGGCUAGACUGGUCCCUGGUCCUGCUCAUAGCUACAGCCGUGCUGAUCACCUACUCGGCUGUGCUGCUGGUCCUUGCUUUGUGCUUGCAGCUCUGCGGCCAGCCCUUGAAGCUACACUGGCUGCACAAGACCCUGCUGAUCUUAACUGCCCUGGUGGUGGCUGCAGCCUUCACAGGGCUGGGAAUAAAGUGGGCGGAGGAGUGGAGAAGUGCACAUAUCUCUCUGCAGGCAACAGGUCCCUUCCUGCACAUUGGAAUCGUAGGGGGAAUGACGCUUCUUGCCUGGCCUCUGGCCAGCUUCAUCUACCGCACCUGCAACACAGGUCUCAAGGUAUUUCUGCUGCUUGUGUACUGCACAGUGAUGAUCGCGCUGUAUCUGUCUCCCCUGGGAAUCACCUCCCCUUGCAUCAUGGAGGAGAACCAGCUGCCCCCCAAGCCAGCCCUGGUUGGCCACCGAGGAGCCCCCAUGCUGGCCCCCGAAAACACCCUCAUGUCACUGCACAAGGCGGUGGACUGUGAUGUGCAAGUCUUUGAGACAGACGUCAUGGUGAGUGCUGAUGGGGUCCCAUUCCUCAUGCAUGACGAGGAACUCACCAGGACCACCAACGUCGAGGCUGUGUUCCCUGAGAGGGCUGCCCUGAACAGCACCGCCUUCAACUGGACAGACCUCCAGCAGCUGGAUGCUGGCAGCUGGUUCCUGGAGCGGAGGCCAUUUCCCACUGUGCAGAGUCUUUCUGCUGGCGAUCGCUAUCAGGCAACUAAACAGAGGAUCCCAUCCCUGGAACAGGCGCUAGAGGCAGCCAAGCAGAGCAAUAUCUCCAUCAUGUUCGACCUCCGGCCUGAGAACCACAGUGACUACCAGAGCUUUGUCAAUGCCACCCUGGAAGUGAUCUUACAGUCAGGCAUCCCACUACAGCAGGUCCUCUGGCUGCCGGAUGGGUUCAGGGAACAGGUCAAAGAGCAAGCCCCAGGUGUUCAGCAAGUUUAUGGCCGGAAGAGACUCCAGAAUGAGAAGGAGCCACUGCUGCAUGUCAAUCUGCCCUACCAGGACAUGAGCUCUGAGGAGAUCAGGCAGUACCGCCAGGACAAUAUCUCUGUCAACUUGUACGUGGUGAACCAGCCCUGGCUUUUCUCUGUGCUGUGGUGCUCUGGGGUGAGCUCUGUCACCACCAAUGCCUGCCAGGUGCUGAAGGACAUGAAACACCCCAUCUGGCUGCUUCCCAGCAGCACGUACCUCAUGGUCUGGAUUGUUGUAGACUGCGCUUCCUUCCUUGCCAUCCUCUGGGCGUUCCUCUUGCUGAAGAAAUGCUCCCAGAGAAGACGGCCAGCGGAGUCCGAGACGGAUGUGCUGCUCACAAAGAUCAACAGCUUGAUGCAAGAGUGA